CGCACACAGACGUUAUUUCAUUUUGUCCAUCAACAUGACAUACUGUGCAUUAAACCAAUGUGGAUCUCCAGCAUUCGCAUGAGGCUUCCGCCCCCUCUGCUAUCUCAAGUUGUUUUGUUGAUUGAUUGAAACAGAUGCUAACGUUGCCGUAGCUUGCUUUACCGAACUUGGUACGACACCGGUUUAGGCAUGCCUCUGGCUCGCAGCCUGUCCAUCACCUCCCUGUCGGGGUUGGAGGAGUGGGAUGAGGAGUUUGACUUGGAGGACGCUGUCCUCUUCGAGAUCGCAUGGGAGGUGGCCAACAAAGUUGGUGGGAUUUACACAGUGAUCCAGACCAAAGCCCGUCUGACAGCAGAAGAGUGGGGUGAAAACUAUUUCCUGGUUGGUCCGUACGUGGAGAGUAACGUCCGUACCCAGGUGGAGCUGAUUGAGCCCACCAACCCUGCCCUUAAGAGAGCCAUAGACAAGAUGAAUUCCAGUGGAUGUAAGGUGUACUUUGGUCGUUGGCUGAUUGAGGGCAGUCCAUACGUGGUGCUGAUAGAUGUGGCGUUCACUGCCUGGAACCUGGAUAAGUGGAAAAAAGAGUUGUGGGACAACUUCUCUAUCGGGGUGCCCUGGUUCGACCGCGAGGCCAACGACGCCGUCCUCUUUGGCUUCUUGACCGCCUGGUUACUGGGAGAGUAUGCAGCACAGUGUGAAGAGCCUCCCCAUAUCCUGGCCCAUUUCCAUGAGUGGCUGGCAGGCCUGGGCUUGGCGCUAUGCAGACAGAGACAGUUGCCCGUGGCAACCAUCUUCACCACCCACGCCACCCUGCUGGGACGCUACCUGUGUGCCGGCAGCGUGGACUUCUACAACAACCUCGCCGAUUUCAACGUGGAUAAGGAGGCGGGGGAUAGACAGAUCUACCAUCGGUAUUGUCUGGAGAGGACAGCGGCACGCUGCGCUCAUGUCUUCACCACCGUCUCUCAGAUCACAGCCGUUGAGGCAGAGCACCUGCUCAAGAGGAAACCAGACAUAAUCACCCCUAACGGGCUGAACGUGAAGAAGUUCUCUGCCAUGCAUGAGUUCCAGAACCUGCACGCCCAGAGCAAGAACCGUAUCCAGGAGUUCAUCAGAGGUCACUUCUAUGGGCACCUGGACUUCAACCUGGACAAGUGUCUGUUCCUGUUCAUCGCUGGGAGGUAUGAGUUCAGCAACAAAGGAGCUGAUAUCUUCUUGGAGGCUUUGGCCAGACUCAACUAUCUACUGAGAGUCAACCACAGCGAUGUGACUGUCGUUGCGUUCUUCAUCAUGCCUGCACGGACCAACAACUUCAACGUGGAGACGCUGAAAGGCCAAGCAGUCAGGAAGCAGCUCUGGGAUACCGCUCAAACAGUGAAGGAACGCUUCGGAAAGAAACUCUAUGAAUCACUGCUGGUUGGGCAGUUGCCGGACGUGUCCAAGAUGCUGAGUAAGGACGACUUCACCAUGAUGAAACGUGCCAUCUUUGCCACCCAGAGGCAGUGCCAGCCUCCCAUCUGUACCCACAACAUGCUGGAGGACAGCAAACUCAUAUGAAUCCCCAUCCUCACUUGCAUUCACCGCCCAUUAUUACUGGAAGAGAGCAUCGGCUUGUUCAACAGCUCUGCCUCUUGACCUUUUGUGAUCUUCCACCCAGAGUUCCUGUCCUCCACCUCUCCCCUCCUGCCGAUGGAUUAUGAAGAGUUUGUAAGAGGCUGCCAUCUUGGAGUGUUCCCCUCUUACUAUGAACCAUGGGGAUAUACACCAGCUGAGUGUACAGUCAUGGGGAUCCCCUCAAUCUCCACCAACCUCUCUGGGUUUGGCUGCUUCAUGGAGGAACACAUAGCUGAUCCCUCAGCAUACGGAAUCUACAUCCUUGAUCGACGGUACAGAGGGGUUGAUGAGUCAUGUAACCAGCUCACGUCGUACCUGUUCCAGUUCUGUCAGCAGAGCCGGCGCGCCAGGAUCAUCCAGCGGAACCGAACCGAGCGCCUGAGUGACCUUCUGGACUGGAGAUACCUGGGCAGGUAUUACAUAUCAGCUCGUCACAUGGCCCUGGCUAAAGCCUUCCCAGAUACCUACUUCUACCAACCUCAUGACUCUGACACUGCCCAAGGUUUCCGUUACCCUAGACCGGCCUCUGUGCCCCCAUCUCCGUCUCUGUCGCGCCACUCCUCCCCCCGCCAAAGCGAGGCGGAAGAAGAUGAUGACCGCUAUGAUGAAGAUGCAGAGGCAGAGAAAGACCGCUUGAACAUCCGCCAGCCCUUGACCCUGCCUAGUAAAAAGGGUCCCGCCUUGCCUUACACCCUGCCAGGUGCCAAUGGAGAGAAGAACUGACUGU